UCCUGAUCUUGUGCCUCAACUCAUUCAAGAAUCACACAGACCUACCCUUUUAAUCAUCAUACAUGCAUCUUGUUAGUUUGUUUUCUUGAUUAGCAUAUUUGGUUUAGUUAAUGCUGAGACUGAGAGUAGUUCAAUUAUAAUAAUGAGUGUAUAUUCCUUCUUCUUCUUGUCAUUGUUUGUUGCAGUGAGUUUGUGUAAUGCAGAUGACAAGAUAUUGAAGGUUGUUGGGACUGCACACUGUGCAGAUUGCAAGGACUUUAACUUCAAGAUUACCCACUCAUUUUCAGGGCUUCAUGUGACCAUUGACUGCAAGCUCAAGAAUGGGGAUGUGAAAAGAGUGGCAGCUGGUGAGCUUGAUCAACAAGGCAAUUUCAACGUUCCGCUUCCACAGGAGCUUGUGGAAGAAGGACGGACGACGCUCAAGGAAGAAUGCUACGCUCAGCUCCACAGUGCGGCUGCUGUUCCCUGCCCAACCCACAAUGGCUUGGAAGCGUCCAAGAUUGUGUUCAAGUCUCAGGCCAACAGCAUAACCACUUUCGGCCCCAGUAAGAACCUGCAGUUCUCAGCUGCAUUAUGCACUUCUAAGUUCUUUUGGCCGUAUUUCAAGUUUCCUCCUCUUCCCAAGAUUAGCCAUCCUUGGAAGAAGAACUUUGGCCACCCAUGGUUUCUUCCACCAUUUCCACCGAUAUAUGAUCCUAAUCCACUUCCUCCACCAGCUCCCGUCUAUGCGCCGCCAGUAGUCAAUCCACUUCCUCCACCAACACCCGUUUAUGAGCCACCAGUAGUCAAACCACUUCCUCCACCAACUCCCGUUUAUGAGCCCCCAGCAGUCAAGCCACUUCCUCCACCAGUUCCCAUUUACAAGCCAAAGCCACCAGUUGUUGAGCCACUUCCUCCACCUGUUCCAAUCUAUAAGCCAAAGCCGCCAGUUUACAGUCCUCCUAAGAAGCCAUGCCCACCCAAGCAAAAACCGCCAGUCUACAAGCCAAAGCCACCAGUGAUCAAGCCACUUCCUCCACCUGUCCCAAUCUAUAAGCCAAAGCCACCAGUUUAUAUUCCUCCAAAGAAGCCAUGCCCACCCAUCAAGCCAAAUCCACCAGUCUACAAGCCACCAGUAGCAAAGCCACUUCCUCCACCAGUUCCCAUUUACAAGCCACCAGUAGUAAAGCCACUUCCACCACCAGUUCCCAUCUAUGAGCCACCAAUAGUAAAGCCACUCCCUCCACCAACCCCAAUCUACAAGCCACCCGUGGUGAAGCCACUUCCACCACCAUUCUAUAAGAAGCCUUGUCCUCCCCUCCCUCUUCCCAAACUUCCUCCUUUACCCAAGAUCCCUCCAAAGUACUUCCACCACCCCAAAUCUGGAUAUCUCCCACCCCUCCCUCCUGCAAUUCCUCAUCCAUGAUCUGUUCAAAAGAAGUGUAAUUAACACUGUUGCUUCAUGUACUUCCAAGGAUGGAAGCAAUAAGUUGUUAAAUUUUCACUAUCAAAAUAAAGAUUCUUCUCAAGUAUCAAGAGAGAAGCAGUAUGAAAGAAGCAAGAAUGUCAGGUGGUACUUGAACUCGACUUGUAUGGUUAUAUGUUUGAUUUAAAGUGAAUUCAGACGUUUGUACAUAUCCAGAGUUCAUGUUUAUCCCAAGAAUAAUCUUUUCUCUAGUACAAACAUAAGCAGUAAA